CUGGCUCAUCCAGCAACAGGCUGGAGCAUCAGGUCGCUUGGAAAGGACUCAGCGCUAUCUCUGAAGCACUGGGGUGGGAGGGACACUGAGCUGCACGUCAGCAGCCGCCGGCGUCUCUAGCUACGAUAGAUCGCAUCAGGGGCCAGGGCAGGCCCGAGUCCCCGGCGUGUCCUUAUUACUUCCGCCGUCGGUGUGCAGUCGUAGCCGGCAGUCUGGCCGUGGCUGUGCCGGGCAUGGAGGGCUUUCCGCAGGAGCUGGUGAGCGCGCUGAAGGAGGUGGUCAGCAACAGUAACUGGCAGUGUGUCGGGGAGAGGGAGAGCUUCAUCUCCCCAUGCACCAAAUUGUACUCCGAGGAUGGCGAGCAUUUGGUAUUGAUUCACACAGAUGGCAAAUUCUAUGCAAUGGAUUCAGCAUGUCCCCAUGAAGGUGGACCCUUGGAGCAAGGGGACAUAGAGGAGCUAUGUAAUGGGCGCUUAGCAUUAACCUGUCCAUGGCAUGAUUUUGAGUUCUGCUUGGAUGAUGGCUCCUCUUCUUCUGGAUUACAGAACCAGGUAUACGACGUGAAGCUUUGCGAGGGGAAAGUUUAUAUCAUGGCUCAGAAUGCCCUGUCUCUUACUCCUUGGAAGGAAACUCAAUGUAAACUCUCAGGGGAUACGGAGUCUACGGAGAGCACACAAGUUAUAGAUGAUGAAUCCUCCUUGACUUAUUGGGCGAAUAAAAUACUUUGCACUCCAAAUCCAGAAGAGAAGGCAAAACUAACACAUCAGGUACAGGAAUUGUGGAAAUCUUGGAAAGUCACAGAACUUGGCCAAGUAGAACCUCCUGCACAACCCAGCCGCAAGGAAAGCCUUACUAUUGUACAGCCUGGCAGGAUCAAGAGGGGGAAGGGAGGCACGCUGGCCAGUAGGAUUGCAUUGCUGCACUCUCUGGCAAACAUCGAACAGUGGGCCAUAGACCUGUCCUGGGACAUCAUUGCUCGUUUUGCUGGCUUCCAACUGCAAACUGGAGAGAAACUUCCAAAGGAAUUCUUCUCAGAUUUUGUGAAAGUGGCUGCAGAUGAAGCAAAGCAUUUUUGUUUGCUGGAGAAGCGUCUUGCAGAGCUGGGCAGUAACUUCGGAGAUCUUCCUGUGCACAACAAGUUGUGGGAAUCUGCUUCAGAUACUGCACAUGAUCUUCUGGGACGGUUGGCUAUUGUGCAUAUGGUCCAUGAAGCCAGAGGACUAGAUGUUCACCCCCAGACAUUGCAGCGGUUCUUAGCUCAGGGUGAUGAAGGUUCAGCCCGGAUCCUGGAAGUUAUUUACACGGAUGAGAUUACUCAUGUGGCAGCAGGGCUGAAGUGGUUCACUUACAUCUGUGCCAAGGAGCAGCGGGACUGCUUGUCUACUUUCCAUGAGCUGGUACCGUUGUAUUUCAGAGGAUACCUGAAACCUCCGUUCAAUGCUGAAGGCAGGAAAUCAGCUGGGAUGUCUGAGGAGUGGUACCUACCUUUGGUAAAGCCAUCAUAACAGGAUGCCAGCGAGUGGUUUAGUUUGGAAUAGACGUGUGUAUUUUGUUUUAAAGCACCAAGUCACAUUCUACUUCUCCAGCACAACAGCCACCAGGAUGCAUUGCUGGGCAAUGUAUACAGCUGGGGGUGAAUCUAUAAACUUAUUCAUCUUCUAAAUGUAGUUGUUAUGCCAAAAGGUUAGUGUACAUGAGGCCCAUUGAUGAUUUAUACUAGUACAUGCUGUACCGAUCAUGUUCAUUUUGCUUAAUACACAAACGUAAAACCUCACUAGACUGAUCCAAGCAACACGGGAAAGGUGUUUCUUAGUAAUACUGGAUUUCUAGGCCAUUCGUAACCUAUUACAAUGGCUAUUGCUGCUUUCUUUUAAAAAUAAAUAUUUUUAUUAAAAGCUGAAUAAAAGUUUUUGAUAAACACAGAA